CCUUAUAUAUACGCCCAGGCCCGGCGCUCCACUUUAAAAUCGCAGAAACCAAAAUCGAUCCAGCGAGCUCCCAAGCACCACAAAUUCGAAAUACAUACUCACUGCUUCCGCGAGAAACGAGCGCCGAGGAAGGAAGAAAUGGAUACAGCGGUCAGCGGCAGGUGGACACGCGUCCGCACGCUCGGCCGCGGCGCCUCCGGCGCGGUGGUGUCCCUCGCCGCCGCCGACCUCUCUGGCGCGCUCUUCGCCGUCAAGUCGGCGCGCGCGGCCGGGGCGGAGCAGCUCAGGCGCGAGGGGGACAUCCUGUCCGGCCUCAGCUCGCCGCACGUCCUGCCGUGCCUCGGCUUUCGCGCCGACUCCGGCGAGUGCCAGCUGUUCCUCGAGUUCGCGCCCGGGGGCUCCGUCGCCGACGUCGCCGAGAGGAGCGGGGGGCGGCUCGAGGAGUGCGCCAUCCGGGCGUACGCGGCCGAUGUGGCCAGGGGGCUGGCGUACCUCCACGGGAUGUCGCUCGUCCACGGGGACCUCAAAGGGAGGAACGUCGUGGUCGGUGCCGACGGCCGGGCGAAGCUCGCGGAUUUUGGGUGCGCGAGGACGGUGGAUUCCGAUCGGCCCAUCGGGGGCACGCCGGCCUUCAUGGCGCCCGAGGUGGCCCGCGGGGAGGAGCAGGGGCCCGCGGCCGAUGUCUGGGCUCUGGGCUGCACGGUCGUCGAGAUGGCCACCGGCCGCGCUCCCUGGAGCGACAUGGAUGAUGUCCUCGCGGCGAUGCACCGGAUUGGCUACACGGAUGCCGUGCCGGAGGUGCCCGGGUGGCUGUCUGCAGAGGCGAAGCACUUCUUGGCCAUGUGCUUCGCACGGGACGCCCGCAACCGGUGCACGGCGGCGCAGCUCUUGGAGCACCCGUUCCUGGCAUUAGCCGGCUGCGGGGUGAAGCCAGACGAGAUGGCAACCAAAUGGGUGUCCCCCAAGAGCACGCUGGACGCCGCACUCUGGGAGUCCGACACCGAAGAGGAGGAGGAAAAUUCAGAGAGCCCCGCCGAGAGGAUCAAAGCAUUGGCAUCCACCUGCUCGGCCUUCCCGGAUUGGGAUUCCGACGAAAGCUGGAUUGACGUGCUCAACAACGAGCGCUGUGAAGCUUCCGAUGCCGUAGCGCCCGCGGACAAGGCCGGCGAGGACGAGUGCGUUCUGGGUGAAGCAUUGGAAACGGAGGCAGAUUUCACCGACGCAUACGUGGAGGAUGCUGGUCGCGGGUGUGCUGUAGGAUUAAUUGCUCUGUCAAUCGAGCUGCAGAAAGAGUUCUCUUUGGGUAUCUUUAGUGACCCAACUGUAUUUUCUGUAAACAUCUUUGAUGAAUGUGAAAUAACAAAGUCUUUAUUAGCAAAAGAAUCUCCUCUUUUACUCCUCAUAUUCGCGUUCUGUUCUACUAAAUUAAAUGAUUUUCUUAACAUUGGCAACGAUCUGACAAGUUCCGCCGAACUAGUGCGGUGUGAUGAUUCCAGAAACAUUGUUCGCUCUAGAGAUAUGCAUGAACCGUUGCGGAUCACUGGGCGUAGCACGUAUACGUAUAUCCUCAUGGGGCCAUGCUAAAAGUAGUUACUAGAU